CGUGUAGGUGGGCGCGUUGUACGCCAGAAAGGCCCCAACCUUGGCCGCUAGCGGGUAAAGGUCUGAACCGAGCGAUGGGGGCGACGAGAGAAGCAUCUCAGACCUCGUCUCAGCCCGACCUCCCAGCGGGGCCGCAGCGCACCUUCCACAACUCACUACACUGCGGGAGGAAACCCGAGCUCCCCCAUGCACCACGCACGCCCGGCCCGCGGCGGCCGCCGUGCCGAGCCUGCGUGGACUUCAAGUCGUGGAUGCGGACCCAGCAGAAGCGGGACAUCAAGUUUAGGGAGGACUGUCCGCAGGAUCGGGAGGAAUUGGGUCGCCACACCUGGGCUUUUCUCCACACGCUGGCCGCCUAUUACCCGGACAUGCCCACCCCAGAACAACAGCGAGAUAUGGCCCAGUUCAUACAUAUAUUUUCCAAGUUUUACCCCUGCAAGGAGUGUGCGGAAGACAUAAGGAAGAGGCAGGAACCAGCCAGACACAAGCACUCGAGUCUCCUUCAGCCAGUGGCUGUGCCGCCUGCACAAUGAGGUGAAUCGGAAGCUGGGCAAGCCUGAUUUUGACUGUUCAAAGGUAGAUGAGCGAUGGCGUGACGGCUGGAAGGACGGCUCCUGUGACUAGAAGAUUGUGAGCAGAGCAUGUGGGACAUCUAGCCAGGGUCCAUGGGCAACCUGGCUGGAGGGACAGCCCGCUGAUUAAAGUGCAUCUGAGCCAAAGCUUGUUCCCGUGUUUGGAGAGGGGUCCCUAGGACACUGCCAAUGGGAACCCUACCCACAGGGCUAAGAAGGGGAGGUGCCCAGGGACUAGAGAUGAGAGAGGCUACCCUAUACCCUUUAUAAUGCAGCCUCUUGCCCAUUAUACACUUGGGACAUAGCUGCCCCGUAGGAAGAUGGGGUGGACCAUUGGCUUCCUACUGCAUAACCAGGGGUGCCUACAGAACUGGCAGCUCUGUGCCAUUUCAGAAUUGAAGCAUGGUACUGAGUUGUCUAUUCUGUACUCUGUCCCCAGCUCUAGUAGGACUUUUUACUUAGGGUGUACCCACCAUACUGCCCACUGCCUGUGGCACAUGGUCUACAGCUAUGACAACAUGCCUGUCAGCAGAUCCAGGAUCAGAUGAUCCUGAACUUCUGAGAGUUUGAGACCAAAAUAAAAUGAAGUGACUUAGG